CUAGUGGAAAGCCUUCCCAGAAGAGUGGAGGCUGUUAUAGCAGCAAUGUUCCAACAUCUAGUGGAAAGCCUUCCCAGAAGAGUGGAGGCUGUUAUAGCAGCAAUGUUCCAACAUCUAGUGGAAAGCCUUCCCAGAAGAGUGGAGGCUGUUAUAGCAGCAAUGUUCCAACAUCUAGUGGAAAGCCUUCCCAGAAGAGUGGAGGCUGUUAUAGCAGCAAUGUUCCAACAUCUAGUGGAAAGCCUUCCCAGAAGAGUGGAGGCUGUUAUAGCAGCAAUGUUCCAACAUGUAGUGGAAAGCCUUCCUAGAAGAGUGGAGGCUGUUAUAGCAGCAAUGUUCCAACAUCUAGUGGAAAGCCUUCCCAGAAGAGUGGAGGCUGUUAUAGCAGCAAUGUUCCAACAUCUAGUGGAAAGCCUUCCUAGAACAGUGGAGGCUGUUAUAGCAGCAAUGUUCCAACAUCUAGUGGAAAGCCUUCCCAGAAGAGUGGAGGCUGUUACAGCAGCAAAGAGGGGACCAACUCCAUAUUAAUGCCCAUGAGUUUGGAAUGAGAUGUUUGACGAGCAGGUGUCCACAUACUUUUGGUGAUGUAGUUGCACAGCGGAAUAACCGGAGUAACCCGUCAUGAGUGAAAAACAUACCCGUGGGAAAGCGGAUUCCAUUCUCUAUUUCAGUGCAUAAGGAUGACAUGUCUUUGUUCCCCUGUUCCUGUUCCUGUUCCUGAUCCUGUUCCUGAUAAUGAUCCUAUUCCUGAUCCUGUUCCUGUUCCUGAUCCUGAUCCUGAUCCUAUUCCUGAUCCUGUUCCUGUUCCUGAUCCUAUUCCUGUUCCUGUUCCUGAUCCUAUUCCUAUUCCUGUUCCUGUUCCUGAUCCUGAUCCUAUUCCUGUUCCUGAUCCUAUUCCUGAUCCUGUUCCCCUGUUCCUAUUCCUGUUCCUGUUCCUGAUCCUGAUCCUGAUCCUGAUCCUGUUCCUGUUCCUGAUCCUGACCCUGUUCCUGAUCCUGUUCCUGUUCCUGAUCCUAUUCCUGAUCCUAUUCCUGUUCCUGUUCCUGAUCCUGUUCCUGUUCCUGAUCCUGUUCCUGUUCCUGAUCCUGUUCCUGUUCUUGUUCCUGAUCCUAUUCCUGAUCCUGUUCAUGUUCCUGAUCCUGUUCCUGUUCCUGAUCCUAUUCCUGAUCCUGUUCAUGUUCCUGAUCCUGAUCCUAUUCCUGAUCCUGAUCCUGUUCCUGUUCCUGUUUAUGUUCCUGAUCCUGAUCAUGUUCCUGAUCCUGUUCCUGUUCCUGAUCCUGAUCCUAUUCCUGAUCCUGUUCAUGUUCCAGUUCCUGAUCCUAUUCCUGAUCCUGUUCAUGUUCCUGUUCCUGUUCCUGAUCCUAUUCCUGAUCCUGUUCCUGUUCCUGAUCCUAUUCCUGAUCCUGUUCCUGAUCCUGUUCCUGAUCCUGUUCCUGAUCCUGAUUCUGAUCCUGAUCCUGAUCCUGAUCCUGAUUCUGUUCCUUAUUCUGAUCCUGAUCCUGAUCCUGAUCCUGUUCCUGAUCCUGUUCCAGUCCCUGAUCCUGAUCCUGUUCCUGAUCCUGAUCCUGAUCCUGUUCCUGAUCCUGAUCCUGUUCCUGAUCCUGUUCCUCACACAUUCGAUAUCAAAAGUAAUUUGACAUAUUAGUAAAGACAAGAUUCAAUUGAGAAUAGUCUGAAGGGUGAAAAUAUGAUCCCUUGAUGAGAGAACAUCAUGAGACGAGGAACAGAGUCCGUCGGCACACCAUAUCUGCUCUGAUUUCUAAGACAUUCUAAGUUAGGAUCAAUCACAACUAAAAUUGACAAAUAACUCUGAAUCUAGUUCAUAGGAUCUGUUUUAAACUCAUCACUUUUACACUCAACGAUUCAAAUCCGCACUGUCUACGGAAAUUAAUCCUUCCUAUUUUAUUAAGUUAAGUUGAAUUAUUUUCUUCUUACUAUAAAAUAAUAUAAUUUAAAAUAAUGUCACUGGACUUAAAAUCAUAUCUUGUUAGCUAAAUGAACAAGCCUAUAGCCCAUGGCAUGGAGCAUAGCCAGAUAACAUACAGUAGGCCAAGUCAUAUUCUGUAUUCUUCUGAAAUACAUUAUCUUCAUGUCAUAAUGGUUUUUAUUUAUUUUUUAGACCUGACUAAAAUAAAUCAUGGAUUUAUGGUGGUGGUGUACAUUCAAUUGAUUCAUUGGAAUUGUUCAAUGUAGAAGUUCACAAGUCAGGAAUCAGCGGCUCAUUUGAAUGGGUCUAUGUAUGGAAGCCUGGGGAUGCCAAACGUGUUUCUGUUAAUUAACGGUCCAUUUCUAUGAGACUGGAAGACUUUUGCAUGACAAUAACCAGCUGACCAAAUGCCAUGACCGUCACAGCCCAAUUAUGUUGCUAUGGUUAUUAUCUGUGGUUGGUUCACUGGGGGUUUUGGAAAAGCCAAUCUAUCCGUACGUCAGGAAAUCACUCGCAAUGUGCUUUGGUAAAGACAUUGAUACUUUCUUGACAUGCUUUUCUUUUGAGGUCAGUACUGUGUUUGAGGUCAAGAGAAGGCGCGAGAAGUAGAGGGAGAAAGAGACUGAGAGAGGAACACAGACAGAAGUAGAGGGAGAAAGAGACUGAGAGAGGAACACAGACAGAAGUAGAGGGAGAAAGAGACUGAGAGAGGAACACAGACAGAAGUAGAGGGAGAAAGAGACUGAGAGAGGAACACAGACAGAAGUAGAGGGAGAAAGAGACUGAGAGAGGAACACAGACAGAAGUAGAGGGAGAAAGAGACUGAGAGAGGAACACAGACAGAAGUAGAGGGAGAAAGAGACUGAGAGAGGAACACAGACAGAAGUAGAGGGAGAAAGAGAGAGAGAGAGGAACACAGAGAUAAGUAGAGGGAGAAAGAGACAGAGAGGUAGACAGAGAGAAGUAGAGGGAGAAAGAGAGAGAGAGAGGAACACAGAGAGAAGUAGAGGGAGAAAGAGACAGAGAGAGGAACACAGAGAGAAGUAGAGGGAGAAAGAGACAGAGAGGAAUACAGAGAGAAGUAGAGGGAGAAAGAGAGAGAGAGGUAGACAGAGAGAAGUAGAGGGAGAAAGAGAGAGAGAUAUUCAGAGAGAAAGGUGGAUACAGAAAGAGAUUAAUAGUCCCCUCUCUGCGGUAUUGUUUGGUGUUCAGUGUGAGAGCGAUGGGAUUGAUACCCAGGUCACUUCCCCCCAUUGAAACCCAGUGUAAUUGUCAACAGUCUCUCUCUCUCUCUGUCUCUCUCUGCGUAUUGUAGCUAUCUGUCACCUUGUGAGUUUUUCUAUGCUACUGCCUCUGUCAAGGUGUCCCUUGGAGCUGUGGUUAUGGAAUGGAUUAUGCCACACCCACCC